AUGGACAUCCUCAGGCGAAGCGUCAAGUCUGCACCGACCAGUCCAGCCUUCCUUCCCGUUUCCGACGACAGAUUCUCCAGACAUUCUCGCUCCAGCAGGUUAUCGUCGCGCAUUGCGUUCCUGAGGAAACCUCUCCGUUUACGCGGCAAUUCCACCGUCUCCAUCCCGCUCGGCGUUGUCAUUGCCUUCCCUUUGAUCGUCGUUAUCCUCAUCCUCGUUCUCUUCGUCAGCCAUCCCAGCUCGCCCGGGAGGAUAUUAAUGCCCCCUGGGCCUCCUCCCGCUAUUCGAAAGAUCAGCGAACAAUAUGAUAAAGUCUUCCAGGAAGGGUGCCGCGAAAUCGACACCACUCAGCCCCGCGCCAACGCCACGUUCGUAGUCUUGGCCCGGAAUACGGAAAUCGACGGCGUCGUCCAGUCUAUGAAGGCUAUCGAGCGCCACUUCAACCGCUGGUACAACUACCCUUAUGUCUUCCUCAACGAUGUCGAGUUCGACGACAACUUCAAGAACACCGUGCGGAACUACACCUCCGCCACCAUCGAGUUUGGCCUCGUCGGGCCCGACAUGUGGGGGUAUCCCGAUUGGAUCGACCCCAACGUCGCCAAGGAGGGCAUUGCCAAACAGGGCGACGCUGCCGUCAUGUACGGCGGUAUGGAGAGCUACCAUUCCAUGUGCCGCUUCUACUCGGGAUUCUUCUACAAACACGAGCUCCUGAUGAAGUACGAAUGGUACUGGCGCCUCGAGCCGGAGGUCAGCUAUUUUUGCGACAUCACCUACGACCCUUUCCAAGAAAUGACCAAGGCGAACAAGACAUACGGAUUUACCAUUGCCGUAAAAGAACUCCGCGAGACCGUCCCCAACAUCUUCCGAUACGCGUCGGCCUACAAGCGGAACAAGGGAUUGAAGUCCAAGGGCCUCUGGGAGAUGUUCGUGGAACCCGUCGAGCCCAAGGAGGACGGCUCUGGCAGCGAGGACUCGUCCGAGAAGGUCCUGCAGAACCAGUCUCCGAACCAUAACAACAAUGCGUCCCCGAAGAUUGACCCAGAGUCGAUGGAAGGAGAGACGUAUAAUAUGUGCCAUUUCUGGUCCAACUUUGAGAUUGCCAAGCUCAGCUGGUUCCGGAGUAGGGAGUAUGAAGAGUUUUUCGAAACCAUGGACCGUAGCGGAGGCUUCUGGAUGGAGCGGUGGGGAGACGCGCCCGUCCAUUCCCUGGCCGCCGGAGCCCUCCUUGGCCCUGGCGACAUCCAUUACUUCCGCGACUUGGGCUACCGACACACCACCAUCCAACACUGCCCUGCCAACGCGCCGGGGAAGCAAUUACCACGGCAGAAGUACCUCGAGACGACGACACAGGACGAGCAGGCACGCAUUGCCGAGGACGACUACUGGGAGCACUGGGACGAGGCGAAGGAGAACGGGGUGGGCUGCCGGUGCCGGUGCGACACCGACAUUGUCGACGUCGAGGGCAAGGAGGGGUCGUGUCUUGCAGAGUGGGUCGACGUUGCGGGCGGCUGGGCCAGUCCCUGA